AUGUGGUCCCCGCCUCGCUGGGUCUGGGUAUUGACCUUUUAUUGCCUUGUGACAAUCUCGCGCUCAGCUUCCAUUGUCCAGUCUACCAGAGCAUAUUCGUCUACAAGCUCGAAAGCUGCGUCAACUUCAUCAAAGGCUCAAGUCAAGACGUGGAAUGUAACUCCCCAGCUUCCUCGGAACGCCUCGAAGCCUUUGCCAGCACUUUUCCAGCCUUACUCACCUGAGACUCCAGUUUUCAAGGACCAGAAUCUGUUCAGAGAGCUUUCUAAGCAGAAAAGCCAGAACCAAACGAGUAAAAGAUCUCUCUUUGAGCGCAGCGCUCUAGAAAAGCGAGCCAGUCUUCCGACUGGAUCCUGUGCUCCUAGCUCUCCCUGCGACAAUGGUGCCUGUUGCAGUAACACAGGCGUCUGCUCUUAUACACCAUCAAGCUGUGCUCCAGAUGUUUGCAUAUCCAACUGCAAUGCAACUGCUCCAUGUGGACAGUAUGCAGCUGCGGGCGAGGGAAACUGUCCUCUGAAUGUCUGCUGCUCACAAUAUGGAUUCUGCGGUAUGACCUCGGAAUUCUGCGAAGCCGGCUGCCAGAGUGGCUAUAGAUCUUGUGGAGCGGUUAAUAGACCUUCAUGUGCAGGAAGCUCUGCUGACAGCGGUCGACGCAUUGGCUACUAUGAAAGCUGGGCUGACGAUUCGAGUACUCGAUUAUGCGAUAAGAGAUCACCAGAUGAUAUUGCGUUGGUCGGCUUGACGCAUCUCAAUUUCGCAUUUGCUUUCUUUAAUCCCUCGACUUUUAAAAUCUCUCCAAUGACCUCUGCUGCUGCGGAUCUAUAUAAGAGCUUUACAAGUCUCAAGAAGAAGAGCCCGAAUCUUGAGACGUGGAUUGCACUCGGAGGGUGGUCAUUUAAUGAUGAUGGCAACAUCCCGAACACUCGCACUGCUUUCAGCGAUAUGGUCAGCAGUGCGUCAAAUCGCCGCAAAUUUAUUUCUGAUUUGCAAAAUUUCAUGCAGUCAUACGGCUUUGAUGUUGUUGAUAUUGACUGGGAAUAUCCUGCAGCAACUGACCGUGGAGGCAAAGCAACCGACACGGGAAACUUUGCUGAACUUUUGGCUGAGAUGAGAUCAUCUUGGGGUACUUCUUACGGAAUAAGUGUGACAUUGCCAUCUUCAUAUUGGUAUUUACAAGGCUUCGACCUCGUUACCAUGUUAAUCUACGUGGACUGGUUUAAUCUCAUGAGUUACGAUAUUCAUGGGGGUUGGGAUGCUACAAACCAAUACACUGGUCCAUAUAUCCGUCCGCAUACCAAUCUCACCGAGAUUGAAACAGGACUUGAUUUGCUUUGGAUGGCUGGCGUCAAGCCAAGCAAAGUCACACUGGGUUUGGGUUGGUAUGGUCGGUCUUUCACUCUUCAGGAUUCAUCUUGUACCUAUCCCAAUGGAGUUUGUCGAUUUACCCGGGGCGGUAAUCCUGGCUCUUGUACAAAUUCAGCUGGAACUCUUUCCAUUGCGGAAAUCAAAGCUAUUCAAGCAUCAGGAGUUGCAACCGAAAAAUAUGAUGCUACGGCGGCUGUAAAAUGGAUCACCUGGGACAAUGACCAAUGGAUAAGUUUUGACGAUGGUGUUACCAUGCAACAAAAAAUUCAAGCAGCAAACAAGUUGUGUCUCGGUGGUGUCAUGAUCUGGUCAAUUGACAUGGAUAAUACCAAGGGGGAUGCAAUGAAUGAUCUGCUGGGUAUUGGCCAAGCUAAUGGUGUGACUGAAGCCGAAGCAACCGAAUACAAGAACCAGUUGGGAAAUGCUACUUUGCAAAACUCCAUUGCCGCUUCUUGCUACUGGACGCUUUGUGGGGGCACCUGUAACAGCACCUACUUUGAUGUGACUGAAGCCCGAGGUCAGAUUGCCCACGUCCAGCAAAACUCAGUGUGUCGGUCUGGCGAAUAUCAAACUCUAUGCUGUGCGCCACAGACAACAAUGGGCACAUGCAGUUGGGAGGGAUUCCGUGGCGUAGGAUUGCCAUGUUCUCCUGUAUGCUCGGAUCCUGAUGCUACCAUCGUUGCUCAGAACAGUAAUUCGUAUGGAGUGAACGAGGAUGGCCUUACAUCAGACCUCACCUGCACGGGUGGUUUCCAAGCUUACUGUUGCACUGGUUUCAUUCCUUCAUCAAAAACAAACACCGGAAAUAUGCUUUUGUAUGGUCAAGGUGUUUUCAGCAAACGCAGCAUACCAGAGGGAUUAGAUCAUGCUCUUCAAGUUCUUCAUCCCCGUGGUACCACUGAAGAGGUUGUUAUCACAGCCGCCAUCUGUGCCACCACCAUUUUGGCUUUUAUUGCGGCAGCUCCCUUCACAUUUGGUCUCUCCCUACUUGGUGUCCCACCUCAGAUUGCUUUGUGUGCCGCUGCCGGGAUUGUGGAUGAGAUUUGCGAUAAUCAGCGAUGGGCUAUUACAAAGAAGCUUAAUGGACAGACAGUCUUCAAUCCAGGUGCAGGCCGACCAUAUUCGCGGAUGUAUCGAUGGUGGGCUGCAAACCAACGUUCUCAGCAGUAUCGUACGCUCGUCCAGAAUGGUCGUAUGCAGCCAAGUGAUGAACAUGCCAAGUGUCAGCUUGAUGAAUUCCCCCUGGGCGAUCUCAUGGAAUCUGGAAAUGACAAUCCCCAGGCAUGUCGAUUGGUCAAUAGCCUUGCCAAUGAACGGCAAGGAAGUAACUUCGGGUUUUGGAAACGGGCACAGUGGAUUCCUUGCUGGAAAUAUCGCUCUGAAACAUGCGGCAAACCUGCUCCUCCUCCAGCAACGUGGGAAUUUGGUUCUUUGAAUGGAGACCGUGGAGUUGGUGCCGGUUCUCGCUUUGUAACUGCAUAUGGAUUCGACUCACAGACUGCAAACUCACUGUGCUUCGCAUCGUACACUUAUACCGACGGCAAUGGCAACAUCCACAACACAAUGGUCCCAGACCAUGGGUUCCGUGUGCUGGAUGAUGAUCCGCUGUAUGAUUACCCAUACAACUGGAAUCGCCAGGAUUGGAGUGUUGACCCUGGUCCUGCCGUUAAUGCUGCUGGUCGCCCGACUUCAAUGAAUAGCGCUGGCUUCAUGCGUCGAGACUUCCCAAUGACGUCCUUCAUGAACCAAAGUACCCCAUUUGAAAGCGACAGUCAAGAUCUAUCAAAACUCACCUGCAAUGUUGCCCACGACCGCAGUAACGCUCUCCCCGAAAUGGGUAGCACACUUGAUUAUGAUGACUUAGAGUUCGAGGAUCUCCUCGGAAAUCCAAUCGACGGUCGUGCUUGCGAUAUUAUUUAUACUGAUGAGGAUGAAGAGGUGCAGCUUCUCGUCAAUCCAGAUGGCAAAGUCGAAUAUAUAUGGGAUGUCAAACGUUCUGAAGACACAUUUGAAAGUCCAGUGACCAGUGCCGAAGCUCAUAUUCCUACAGAAAACCCUGCUCGUCCAUCUGGAUCUUUAUCCUCAAGUGUUCCAGAGAGCACCUCUCUCAGCAAUGAAGCAGUGGGAAGUAGAGUCACCGCAUCGCCUUACUCUGAUGAUAUUAAAUAUAUUCUGAGACAUCAUCAUCACACCUGA